AUGUGUUCUGUUAAAUUGUCCAAUCUUCCAAAGAGGUAUAAUUACUCUGCUCUCUUGGAACUUGUGCCAGAUAUGGUGGCCUGUCGAGUAUUUUACGAUCCAAUUUCCCGAAAACCCAAGAAUUAUGUCUAUGUCGAACUUUCAUCCAAUGAGAUUGCAUUAAAGUGUGUGAAUAAGGUUAAUAACAAGGAAUUUCAGGUCGAAGAAGCAAUUGCCGCGGUCGACGAAAAACAGGGAUGUGUCAUACGUGGACGCAGGGUAUCAGUUCAUUUUUGUCCAAAGAAAGUCAAAAGCAAAAUUAUCGGGCUGGUUGUAUAUGGUCUAAAAAAAACAACAACCGAAGAUGAGGUACGUGCCCUUUUUCCCCAAGCAAGCAAAGUUGAAAUGUAUCCACUCGGCGGAUUCGCAGUGCUGCACUAUGCUCUGAUAGAGGAUUGUAAGCUGGAUAAAAAAAAUGCGAUGGGUGCUGAAUUGAAAAAGAGAAAACUGAAAAUUGUGUUCAAGUUUCAAAGUGGAAACCAUGAGGAAAUGAGACCGGAAGCAAUCACAGAGGCCAAGCAAAAGAAUCCCAGCCCCUUAAUUUUCGUGAAAAACCUUGGAAGGUAUGCUAUACUUGAUUGCAAGUCCGUUAUAGCGGCUAAACGGAUACUGGCCAAGUCUUAUGUUUUUGAAGGUCGGACACUUGUUGUACAACCAGCGUCUGGUAAAAAGUUCGAACUUAAGCGUUCUAUUGUGUAA